CUGACUUCUUGCUAGAGCUCCACACUCCUCUGCAUUGAGGGUGAACGUGAGGUUGAGAAGAUGACUAAGCUGGAAGACCAUCUGGAGGGAAUCAUCAAUGUCUACCACCAGUACUCAGCUCGCUUGGGGGAUUUUGACACCCUCACCAAGCGUGAGCUGAAGCAGCUGAUCUCAAAGGAACUUGUCAACACCAUCAAGAAUACCAAAGAUCAAGCCACCAUUGACAAAAUAUUCCAAGAUCUGGAUGCUAAUGGAGACGGACAGGUCAACUUUAAUGAGUUCAUAGUCCUGGUGUCCAGGGUGCUGUUGACUGCCCAUGAGAAUAUCCACAAAGAGUAGGAAGCUCUGAGUGGCUUUUCUCCAGCAAUGUCUGCAAGAAGAACUGAAGGAAGUGAAAGUUAAUAAAUGUAUCUUGAAAAGUU